GACCGGGGCAGUGAUGGCGCGGGUGACAGGGGACGUGGAGGCCACCCACGCAGCGGUGUCCGAGGCGCUCAGCCUCUUUCUGUGGUACCUGGCGCGGGGCGUUUGCCUCCUGGUCACCAUGGCGUGGUUGUCACCCCGCCUGGCCUUUGUCACCCUCCUGUCACUGCCCGUCCUCCUGCUACUGCCCCGGGGCGUCAGCAAGAUCCAGCAGUUCUCAGUGCUGGCCCUGAAGUUGGGGCUCCUCUACUAUGGGGGACAGCUGGUGGCCGCGGGGACCAUCACCACCGGGGACCUUGUCACCUUCCUCAUCUACCAGAUGCAGUUCACCGAGGCUGUGGAGGUCCUGCUCCACCACUACCCCAAAAUGACCAAGGCCGUGGGCUCCUCAGAGAAGAUCUUUGCGUUCCUGGACCAGGAGGAGCAGGUGGCACCCGCAGGGACGCUGGCGCCCGAUGUCCUGCGGGUCUUCUCCCGCGCGCUCCACGCCAACAUCGCCUACGGGCCGGGGACCUGGAGCCAGGCGCAGGUGACGGUGGGAGCCCGCCGAGCGGGUGCCCACGCCUUCAUCACCCGCCUGCCCCGGGGCUAUGACACAGAGGUGGGUGAGCUGGGGGGGCAGCUCUCCGGGGGACAGCGGCAGGGGGUGGCCAUCGCUCGUGCCCUGGUGAGGGACCCCCGUGUCCUCAUCCUCGAUGAGCCCACCAGCGCCCUGGACGCCGAGAGCCAGCAGCAGAUAUCCCCUCGGUGA